AUAUUAAAAACGCAGUGCUGUCUUCAACUCCAUCUGUAACUCAAUGCCCAUCUGUGCCCAUGCUGAUACUCUGAAAGUGUUGGGGAGUAUUGUUCACUGGAUCCAUCUCUCAAUACUGUGUCAGGCACAGCUUCAGUCAAAGCCACUGUAUUGACUGAUUUGAAGGCAUUCAAGUGGCACAGCUGUCAGAGAGCAGCAGUCACAGACUGUUAACCUCAGGAUCUGGAAGUGUUUGCGAGGCAACAAAGCUUCACAGACUCUGUCACUGUCUUCUUUUGUCAAAGUUUGGCUACUUUAAUGAGUCUUUUAUCUGCAUCAGCAGGAUCCUAACAUUUACACCCAAAGUGAGCUCAAGAGCAGCGUCUGACUCUGGCCACGCAGACACCUGCUGGAAAAUGACUCUACAGCUAUUGACUCCAGUGAACUGUGCCGGCCUCUUUCAGCCCGGCUGCUCUCUGCUACAGCUGGAUGGUGAAGUACUCCUGUUUGGUCAAAAAGGAUGGCCUAAGCGCUCAUGUCCAACAGGGGUCUUUGGGGUUCAUUUAAAAAAGGAUAGGGUAAAGUUGAGAGCCAUCUCCUUCUCUAAUGAUUCCAACUACCUUCCCCCAUUACGCUGCCCUGCUGUUUGCCGCCUGGAUCCUUACGAUGGCCUCCCGGAAUCUUACCUGAUCCAUGGUGGCCGUACUCCAAACAACGAGAUCUCUUCUAGCUUGUACAUGCUAACCGUGCAUAGUCAGGGUUUUAAUCGAAAACUCACCAUUAGUUGCAAAGAGAAGGAAUUAGUGGGUGAUCUACCAGGGGCGAGAUAUGGUCAUACAAUGAGCAUGGUUCAAAGCCAUGGUAAGAAAGCCUGUGUCUUAUUUGGAGGCAGGUCCUACAGACCUGCAGGGGAGCGGACCACAGAGAGCUGGAACAGUGUCGCCGACUGUCCUCCUCAGGUUUACCUGUUUGACCUGGAGUUCGGUUGCUGCUCUGCUCACACUCUGCCUGAGCUCAGCGAUGGCCAGUCCUUUCAUGUAUCCCUCGCCAGAGAGGACUGUGUGUACUUCAUUGGGGGUCAUUUGCUGAGCUCUGACUCCAGACCCUCGCGGGUCUUUCGACUGCAUGUUGAGCUGUUACAGGGCAGCCCUUUGCUCUCCUGUGAGUGUCUGGACACUGGUAUUUCCAUCACAAGCGCCAUUAUCACCAGAACAGGUCCAACACACAAAUACAUUAUAUUAGGCGGGUACGAGUCCGAUUCUGAAAAGAGGAUGAAGUGCGGCACUAUCGUUCUGGAUGAUGAGGGCAUCCACUUCGAGGCAUUAGAACCACCGAAGUGGUCCCCAGAUAUCACACAUAGUCGUACUUGGUUUGGUGGGAGUGCUGGGGAGGGAAAAGCCUUACUUGCUUUACCCAGUGAUGGAAGGAAUUCUCAAAAUUGCACAAAUUCUUUCUAUCUUGUGAGCUUCCGAACAGAGGAAGAAGGGAAAGAUGGAGAGGGAACCCAGGGCUGCAGCCAGGAGUCCACAGAUUAUGAUGACUCCACACCUCUGGAAGACUCCGAUGAACUCUACUUUGGUCGUGAGCUUCAUGAGCUCGACAACAGUGACAGCGAAGGAGAUACUUACAAUGAAGAUGAUGAAGAGGAUGAAACACAGACGGGCUACUGGAUUAAAUGUUGCCUGGAUUGUCAGGUGGACCCCAACAAAUGGGAGCCAUACUAUUCCACUGAGCUCCACAGGCCAGCUAUGAUCUUUUGCUCCAGAGGAGAGGGGGGUCACUGGGUCCAUGCCCAGUGCAUGGAGCUGACUGAGACUCUGCUGCUCAAACUCUCCCAAGGCAGAAAGAAGUAUUUCUGCCUUGACCACGGUGGUCUUCCCUACCAGGAGAUGACCCCCACUCGACAGGUCACCCCUAUAAAGCACACUCCAAUGAAAGUUAAGAACAGAAAGAUUUUUCAAUCUGUCAAAAUUUCUCCAAGCAAAAAGCAGUUUUUCAGGAGACUAUUUGACUGAAUCUGCAUGUGAAUGCUCAACGUUUAAAGUUUUGUUAUUCAUCCUCCCCCAUUUUUGUUAAGCUUGAUUCCGUAUACACGCGUGUAUUUAAUUGCAUUUAUCGUUACAAUUCAUUUAUACCAUUUAAACAACUGCUUUACUUUUAAGUAGGACGUUAUAACAUAGCUGUAUUUUAUCUUGCCACUGCUGUGUAAAAACAAUAAAUAAAAAAGAAAUACAUCAUGAAAAAACAAAACCUUCUGUGUCCAUCAGUGUCUUUUACUUUUCACAAAUCUACUUUAAUAGUCUUGUAUAAAUUCAAUUACGUGAAUCCGGUAAAAUGAAAUAAAUAAAUAACCAAGACUCACUCAAGUUUACCACACGUUAUCACAAUUACAAAAUGAAAUAAAACCAUGUAUAAUUUUAUUGAUAUGUGGUCUGAUGUGAAAACACUUUUUGUUCAACUGAUAAAUAUCAGUAAUAACAGCAGAGCUUACAAGUAUUGUAUAAAAACACUGCCUCCCAGGUCACU